AUGGGCAACAAGGCCACAAAAUUCGAACCAACUCCUAACAACAAUCAUCAUGAGGAAACUCCACUAUCUUCCCUAAGAAAAUCCUCCACUACUACUAAUAACAACAACAACUCAACCCGAUCCUUUCGUUCCAACUUAUCGAGAGCAAACACCAAUUCACUCUCAAGACCAGGAGGACUCACUUCAAGUCGUUCUCAGCCUACAUUGGUUCGUUUCAGAGAGAAUACUACUGAUGAUGAAGAUAGCAGUGAUGAGGAUGAAGACAAAAACCGCCAAAAUUCUGAAACUCUAAAAAGAAAAACACCAACAGGUUCAUCGCCAGCGGCUGUUACUGAUAAUUCUUCUUCCUCUUCACCAUCAAGAUCUUCCGUGUCUUCGCCAGCAGCUAGGAACAAACGACGUUCAAUUUUAUUGUUUUUAGGAAGGAAUAAUGAAGAUGAACAACAACAGGAACAACAACAAAAUGGGAUGCAAUAUUUGGGGAAUGAUAUAGUGAUGAGUGAUAAGGUGAUGGAUAGGAGUACGGAAUUGAAUGAAUCGUUUCUGAGGCAAAUGAAGAGAAGAACAUUGAAUUUGGGUUCUGCAUUGUUUAAUAGAAAAUUAGUUUCUAAUAACUCACCAUCUUCGAGCAGUGGUAGGUUACAAUCACCUCUCACAGCAUUGAAUAGUUCUACCGUUAGUGUGCUUGCACAAAUGCCACUUUCGGAUGAUGAUUCGGAUAUGGAGGAAGAAACUCCAAAAACACCAACAAAUAACAGAUUAUCACUUGUGAUAGAGAAUGUUCCUACAGUUUCAAGCCCAAAUUCUUCUCCUACAACAAAUACAAUGAAUUACAGUGGUGAACAAUCAGUCAUUUCCUCUCCUCUUAGUGGUCCAAAUAACAAACAACUCAAUUCACCUGGUAACAGAAAGAGUCAACUCUUACUCAACCUAGUUAUGAUGGGCAGAAAGAAUGUGAAAAAUGUGGAAUCAGCAUCUGAAAGUAGUGGAAAUUUGAAUCAGAAAACAGUUGUGGAGCUAAUUCAAAUGGAAAAUGAAAACCUGUCAAGGACUCCACCUUCUCCUUCUGGAUCUUCAACAAAUUCAUCCACAUCAAUGAACUCUAUCCAGAUGACAUUUAGUCAAGCACAAUCGAACAACAAACUUCCAUCUCCCACUCCUUUGCAUGCUACAACAUCUAGCUCAAACCUUACAAGACAACAUUCCCAGUUGUCCUCUCGAAGAAAGAGUAUUGGUGCUUUUGUUUUUGAGCCAUUAAGAUUCAACAAAAUUUCCAAUCAUUCUAUAUCACCAAAUACCAACAGUAUCACUUCCUCUCCUAAUAUUAAUAACAGUAAUUCUAAAACUACAAUUACAAAUGAUGUAUCCACUACUAACAGUCCUUUUAGUAAUUCUUUACAUACCUUACCAACAAGUACUACUCGUAACACUAGUCCUUCAACCUCUACAUCUAUCAUUUCUUCACCUAACAUUGUCAAGAAUACAAGUGCUAACAAUCUAUUGACAAUCAAUUUUCCAAGUCAUGCAACAUUGACACCUACAACAUCUCAAAACUCUAUUUCACCUUUAUCUCCUAGGUCACCAAGAUCACCAAUCGAUAGAACUCUUGGUGAAUCAAGAAUAGAGCUUAGAAAGAAAGUCUUCUCAGUUCGUCUUGAAAAUAAGGAAGGAUCCAAUAAUUCUCUCGUUUCACUUGCAUUCAAUGGAAAGGCAAUAGACGAAACCAACCAUUCGCAUCAUCAUGAAGGUGUAUCAGAUCAGGAGGCUGCAGAAAUUGAUCAUGCCAACCUGAUAGAUUACAAGUUCCACUUUUUAUUUUCAAUGAGUACAACUGAAGGACUAAUUGAUAAACAGUUGGACUUGGAGGAUUUGGAAAAUUCAUCACUCUCUGGAACUAUAGAGACCGACUCACACCGAUUGAAUCAGAGUAUGAUAUUUCUCUCAUCUGCCAGUAACUUCCACGAUAGGAAUAGUAGAAAGGCCUCAUACAUCAAGGGAUUGCAAACCAUAUUCGAGAAAUUAUACAAAACCCAAAUGAAUUUGAACGAGAGCCAUGUGGAAGAUUAUGAAAUUCACCAACAAGACAGAGAUACAUUCAAGAUGACUCUCAUGUUAGGUAUUCCUCACCUUGCCGACAAGAUGAUCAAAUCAGAAUUGGAUCAAGUUCUUCAAUUUAAUGGAGAAUAUGAAACCUAUGUGGAGAAAAAGAGAAAGGAGAAGAGAGACCUAACUAUUGCUUUACAAAAAAUGGUGCCCAACACAACAGAAUACGAGUUUACAAAGGGUAAAAUUGAUAACUUUUUAAUUUUGAAGAGGGAAGAAUUUUUCCUUGCUGGAAGUGAUGUUGAAUCUUCCAAGGUUUCUUCAAAAGACAACUCAUCCAACAACUUACUAAUUGACACUUCAAAUGUUUUCAGAAUUGAUAGAAUCGAUUCGACAUCUAACUUUAUUUCUGAGAAGGAACGAGUUUUAAUUGAGCAAGACCAAAUCAAGCUCAAACAUCCAAUCAAAUUAUUUAUCCUCUUUACAACUAACAAUAACCAAAUUACAAAUGCUCCUAAUGUUCCAGGAACAUUUGUAAAUUCUAAAUUUUUCAUCAAGUUGUUAUCCAAGAUUGGUAAGAUUACUGGUCUUUUGCCACAGUUUGGAUUUUUGCACAUGUCUUUGAUAGUAUCAUCAAUGAGAUUUGAUUGGCUAGAUAGUGAGCUGUGUGUUCCAAAGACCAAACUCAAGUCCAUGAGGGCUAUUGCUUGUGUGGAGGUUGGAUCUGUUGACAACUUUUCAGAUUUAAAGAAGGUGACCAAAAUUAUGGGCAGCAAAAUUAGUUUCUGGAAUAGAAAUAUUCACUAUUGCAGAGGAAUUGGAUAUCACUAUAACACUAGUACAGUGGAAGAGAAGGCCAAUCAUCAAGGUAGUUGUCAUCAAUUUGUAUUUGAUCUGUUGGAUUCUCUCAGUUCUGAUAUUACACUAGUAUCAGAAAAACCAUCUAUUAUUGGUAUGCACGAUUUGUUGAAAGACGAUUUGCUGCUGGGAAAGAAAGGAUGUAUUGGGUCAUAUCUCGAUUGGUGUGCCAAUAAUCUGGUUAGAGAUUCACCUCAACCAGACAAUUCAGAAUGGUGCAGAAUAGAAUUGGGUGAAGCAAGGAGAAAGCAAUUUGCCCCUCUACUUAGAAACAAGAUUAACCAACUCUCCUCUCAGAUGAUUAUUGAUGAAGAGGAAGAUGAUUCUAGAGAAAUCCAACUCACGAGCUAUAACAAGACUCUCAACUUGAUUCUAUUUGGUAAUUCGUUUAUUUCCAGUCAAAAGAGGAGAAAAUCCAGAGCUCUUUCGAUUGGCAUAGUUAGAUCUCCAACCUCCUCUCCAUCAACACCAUUAUCUGAGGAUUCUCCACGUAAAAAGAAGAAGAGUGAUUCUGUUUCGAGUGGAACUGUUGUUAUUUGUUUCCCAACUCAUUCCUCUUUGGAUGAAUUUGUACGGGAUAUGGUUGAAGUUUCCAAAGAUGAGCAAAAACCAUUCAGUAUUACUCCAGAAUUUUACUUGUUGAAGAGUUUUGAUAGAGCUCUUUGGUUGAGAAAUAAUUUUGACAAGAAUAAGAUUUGUAGAGAUUUGGACAAUUCUAAACUCCCAACUCAUGAAUUUCUUGUUGGUGACAAUAGAAAACGAAUCAUUCAAGGCAAAGACCCUCUUACCUCUCUAGAUUAUUUAGAUGAAUUAUUGUACAAUGAUGAGGAAGAUUCUGCUCUGGAAUUGAUUAAAUCACUCAAGAAUGAACCAGCUAAAAUCAGAAUUUCAAAUUCCAAGAACAAUGGAAAGGCCAGUUUACCGACUAUGAAAUGUUUGUGCCCAUUCGGUGACCCUAGAAGAGAACUUCCCUUCAUAGAAAAUGCCACAAUUCCAACUGAUUAA